AAUAAAAAAUAAACAUUUUUUCUCGAUUGUAUAUAUAAAUCUCCAAACUUUGAAUAGUUCUGUGAAAGCUCUGAAGCUUUAAAGCUCUUCUUCCUCCGGUUGCAAAAAUGAGAAAUCUGGAAAUAGCGUUAACUCCAUCUCCACCAUCUCUAGUUCCUUCUUUCAACUACAACUCUGUCGCACGAAGCGUCGGAAACGAAGUCAGAACAAGCUUCGAUGUUCAGCUUUUGCUAAGGAAACCCAAACACCAAAAAUCAGAACCAGUCGUCGUGAUUCAACAACCACAGAUUCAGACGACGCAAAAAUCAAGUCCUCGUUGUUCGAUUUCUGACAUUCUCAGAUUAAUGGAUACUCUUUCUCUACCUGGAAACGAAGACCUUUACUCUUGUCUUGCUAAAGAAUCAGCCAGAGAAAACGAUCGACGUGGAGCUUAUGAGCUACAAGUGCAUAUCAUGAAGUCUAGUAUAAGACCCAGUACCACUUUUGUCAAUCGUCUUCUUCUGAUGCACGUGUCUUGUGGGCGUUUGGAUAUUACACGCAACAUGUUCGAUAAAAUGCCUCACAGAGAUUUUCAUUCCUGGGCUAUUGUUUUCCUCGGUUGUAUUGAAAUGGGUGAUUACGAAGACGCUGCUUUGCUCUUUGUGGCGAUGUUGAAACAUUCUAAGAACGGUGGUGCUUUCAAGAUUCCGUCUUGGAUUAUGGGGUGUGUGUUGAAAGCGUGUGCUAUGAUUAGAGACUUGGCGUUGGGGAAACAGGUUCAUGGUUUGUGUCAGAAGCUAGGGUUUAUUGGAGAAGAAGAUUCAUAUCUCUUGGGUUCUUUGAUACGUUUCUACGGUGAAUUCAGGUGUUUGGAAGACGCUAAUCUUGUGCUACACCAGCUCUCCAAUGCUAACACUGUUGUUUGGGCGGCGAAGGUUACUAACGAUUAUAGGGAAGGGGAGUUUCAAGAGGUAAUCCGCGACUUCAUUGAAAUGGGUAAGCUCGGGGUCAAGAAGAACGUCUCAGUGGUCUCUAAUGUUCUAAAAGCAUGCACAUGGGUGAGUGAUGGUGGGAGAAGCGGGCAACAAGUGCAUGCGAAUGCUAUAAAGCUCGGGUUUGAAUCUGACUGUUUGAUCCGAUGUCAGUUAAUUGAGAUGUAUGGGAAGUAUGAGAAGGUGAAAGACGCGGAAAAGGUGUUCAAGAGUAGGAAAGAUGAGACAAGUGUUAGUUGCUGGAACGCUAUGGUCGCAGGUUAUAUGCAGAAUGGGUUUUACAUUGAAGCCAUUAAGCUUCUCUAUCAGAUGAAAGCCACUGGCAUCAAAGCAGACGACAUGCUUUUGAACGAAGCCCACUUUCAGAUAUAACAAACUAUAGAUAAAGAAAUUGAUGAACCUGAUAUGUAAAUAUUAUAUAUAUAUAAGAAAA